AUGGAAGUACAGAGAAAGGAAGCUGUCUUUAACCACUUCAGCCAUGACCAUCCACUGCAACUAGCAAACUCACCUACUUCGCAAAAUGUUCGGUGUUUCAGAUGCAAGCUAUGUCUUCUCCCAGGAACAUACUACUACUACUGCAAGAGCUGCCCUUUUUUCCUGCACCGGCUCUGCUUCAACAUGCCGAGGAAGCUGCAACUUCCCGCCCAUCCAGAUCACUGCUUGACCCUUCUCUCAACGUCCUCAUCCUUCCGAGGCGACUCCACUUGCAAGGCCUGCGAACAGCAGGUCGACAGCGGUUCUUUUCGCUACAGCUGCGCGGUGUGUAGCGUUUCUUAUCACGCGUUAUGCUCGGCCCUGCCACCUUCAAUCGCAAUCACUUCUCACCCUCAUGUGCUCAAAUUGUUAUUCUCACUCCCAUACGAAUUCAGGUGUGAUCUGUGCAAUAAACCCAGCUACAGAGGGUGGCUAUACAGAUGUAGCAUCUGCGAGUUCGAUAUUCACCUCACCUGUGCUAUUUCUUGCCAUCGAGCGGAGCUAAAUGGGGAAGAAGAUGCGAACAAAGAAGUAAUGCAACUACUAGCGCAAAAAAUUACCAGGAGUGAAGCGGCUAAAUGGGUCGAGAUGCCUAACUCUUUAAGAGAGAACAUCACCAUCAGGAGUGGCUGGACGGAAAGUCCCGAUUUGAGUAGAGGAAAACUCGAGACAAUUUCAACUCCGCCGCUCUCAGAACAGACUCGUCCAGAGGACAAAUCGCCUCUGCUUUCUGAAGGCCACCUGACUCCAAGUUAUCAGUUCAGCGACGGGUACUUCUCAAUUGAUUUGGCGAAGUCUUACUCGAGCUAUCUCGAGAAAAAUCAGCCAGGAAAGGGAGCAGCUGAUGAAGAUGCUACAUAUGUUUCUGGAGCAAAAGAGAAGAUGAAUUCCGGUGGUAACACGAUGCCGGGCAAGAGCGUGGGAGUGUCCGAACAAGAAAAGCGGCAAAUGAAUCAUUGGAACAUAGUCGGACACGGCUUAGCAUCGCAAUAUAAGGUGCCAGAUGCUGGGACGAACCAAGCAUUUGUAACAUGGGGUGGGGCUUAUCCCGCGCAGCACUUGGCACUUCAAAUGGACCAAAACGGAUACGUCGAUGGAUCCAUCAGCAAAUCGCAGAGUGAAGAUCAGAGCCUCGGAUCAGCUGCAGUGAGUAACUUAUUACUGAUAAGAACUCCAAUUUGCCUUGCUUGUAUUGAACAGUGGACAGAAACAUUUUAA